AUGAGUCAGAGUUCUCUGAUAACGAGAGUGAGCAGUCAGCCCGCCGUGAGGCCCCGGACCCGCCCCCCGCGGACACCAGCCCGGGUUCAGCUCCGCUCCGCCCCGCCCCCGCAACUCGCGGGCAGCCAAUCAGCAGCGGCGCCCGGCGUCAGGCAACAGCCGCUGCCAAACACCGUCCGUCUCCCAGAGAAAGGGACGGCGCUCCCUUCCCGGCUGAGUCUGCAGGAAGGGAGAAUGAAGUCAAGAUCAUCUUCACCUGCAAUCAACGUCUAUCUGAAUGAAGCUACUCCUGUUUGUGUUCGUGUUCAAAAACCCAAGUUGCUGCCUUCUGUUGUGGAAUUAUCACGUGUGUCCAAAAGAAAGCCAUCAGCUGGAUCUGCAAAAUGGACCAAGUCUCAGAAGGGGAAAACCAAUGAUUACCACAAAUCCAAAACUUUUGAGUGGGGUCAAAAUUACAAGCAGCAAAGACCAGCACAAGCUCUUAAAACCACACUCAGCAGGAUAGAAACGAUCUCUACACUCACCCAUUCCAAUAAUGCAAACUUUGAUAAGGAAGCCAACAUUCAUGAGCGAAUGAAUCAGUGUGGGCAGCAGAUUGACAGAGUAAUGGAAGACUUGAAACAACUGAAAAAUGAACUGAACACAUCAACUGAACAGUUUGAGGAAGACUUGGAUGGCUCAAAUGAAUCAAAAUACAUGGCUGAAGACCUUGAAGCUAAACAGUCGUGGGAACUUUCCAGAACAAACUAUAAGCAUAGAGCUUUCUGGGAGAGCUUUGAAAAGCUACAGAAGAAACUGGACCUGAAAGGGCUGAAGAGAAAAGGUCUUGCUGAAGAGAACAAGCUGUUAAUAGCACUAAAAGAAGCUGAAACAACAUCCCUAGCUGCAGCAAAGCAAGUGGCAACACUGAAGAAUUCCAUUGCAGAAUUAAUACAGAUGAAUCAGCUUUCAACCUCAAGGAUUAACAAACUUGCAGGAGAAAAGGACAUGCUGUUGGAGAAGGUGGAGAGUUCCAGCAUUGCUAAUCAGAAGUUACAACAGCUCCUCAAGGACAUGCAGAAUCAAGAGUCAAGUAUGGAUUGUACCAACAUGCAGAUGGAAGUGUUGAUGCAGAAGCUGACGAAGAGUGAAUCUGAAAAUAUUGCAAGUAUUUUACAUUCAUUGUUCUUAAAUAUUUCACAUUUGGCAUUCCUAAGUAUUGGUGAGAUGAUCUAA